AUGGCGACUUCAACAAAACAAACAGAUGACAGCGAUCAUGAAGAGGCUUUUGAGGAUGCUGUUGACCAACUGCAGAUAUCCCGGCCACCGGACGAUGCACUGUCCCCCACAGACUUCAACUCCUGUAUCCUGGAUUGUCAUGCAGCUCUCAAGAUGUUCCUUAAUAACCAGUUUUCACUGGCAAAGAACAGAAUGGAACCGCAUAUAGACUGGAGUAUGUACCAUGCGCUGGGGUAUGGCACCAUACUAUAUAUACAGGCAGUCAUGACGUUUGAUAUGAAUGACAUAGAAACAGCGAUCCAGGCCAUAAAGAAGUCGCUGAUCGUGUGUAACAAGCAGCGACGGAAAGUUGGCCUAUUCGGUUCCUUCAGUCGUGAGGCCAGCAAAAACUCCUACAAUGAACUGACCAAUGAGGAGAUCCAUGCUGAGCUGUGCUACGCAGAAUGUCUGCUGAUACGAGCCCUUCUUACGUUCAUUCAGGAUGAGAAUCUCAUCAGCUUUGUGAAGGGCGGACUCAAAAUACGAGAAUGUUACAAAGUCUACAAGGACUGUGCGAAGAUCCUUGCCAACAGGCGCUGGGAGUCAGAGAGCCAGAAGCAUCACUUUGAGAGCGGUGUGAAAAUGGGAGUUGGCUCGUUUAACCUGAUGAUCUCACUACUGCCGGGUAAAGUCUUGAAAUUAUUGGAAUUCGUUGGAUUCUCAGGGAACAAGCAACUGGGUUUGAGUGAACUGGAGCACGGCAGUGACCUGUUUACAAGUCUUAGAGGACCGCUGUGUUCAAUCAUCCUCAUAGCAUAUCACACCGUCGUCAGCUAUGUUCUAGGCCUGGCAGAUGGUGAUAUAGACAUGGCUGACAGGCUGCUUCAGCCUUGCUUACAGACUUAUCCAAAGGGCGCUCUUUUUCUGUUCUACGCUGGUCGUGUGGCAGAAAUUCGUGGUCAGAUUGACGAAGCUGUAGAGAAGUUUGAGGAGUCGAUCGCGUCACAGCAGGAAUGGCGACAGUUUCACCAUCUCUGCUACUGGGAACUCAUGUGGUGUCACUGUUUCAAGGGCGAUUGGUUGAUGGGCAUGAAGUAUGCGGAGAUCCUGUGUCGGGAGAGUCGCUGGAGCAAGGCCACGUACACAUACCAGAAGGCCACGUUCCUUAUGAUGUGUGAACAGACGGAGGACUCCCAGACACAUCUAGAGUACCUCAUGGGGGAGGUUCCCCGGUUGAAACAGCGGAUAGCGGGAAAGUCUAUACCCAUAGAGAAGUUUGCAGUGAGUAAAGCAAAGCGCUUCCUUGACCAGAAGGGAUAUCUCACCCUACCAGCUUUGGAGCUGAUUUACACAUGGAACGGCUUCAACAUAAUAGGGACCAGACAAGACCUUCUACAGCCCAUCCUCCUCAUCAUAGAAACCACCAUCAACAAAAUACUCACCAACAAAGAUGACUACAGUCAUUAUAUUGAUGAGUACUGCCUCGCUCUGCUACUGAAAGGUGUGUGUCAAAAGUUUCGGGGACAGUUUCUGCAGGCAGAACAGUGCUUCCUGGAAAUCCUACAAAAUGAGAAGCGCAUCAAGGUGGAUACAUACAUUCCACCGUACGCGACGCUUGAGCUGGCAAUCCUGUGUCUGGAUCAGCGACGUAUACCAGAAGUGAAAAAACAUCUUGAGGCUGCUAAGAAAAACUACAAGGGAUACUUGCUAGAAUCACGUCUUCAUUUCCGCAUCCACGCCACACGCCUCAGUCUAAGCCAGAUGGUUGAAGAGGACCCAGUCUCAGAAUCGCUAAGCAAGGAUGAAAAUGAGUGUCCCAGUCCACCAAGGGAAGUCACUCCAAUGUCAUCUCCAGUGAAAGAAGUUAGCCCCCUUGAUGAUGGUCCAAUACCUGAGAGUACUGUUGUUAAUGGUGCUACCGGCAUAGCUUGAUGUAAACUUAUUAGUCAUAUUCAUAGAAUUUUAUUAGUCGUUGUAUUGUGAUAAGUAUAAACUGAUCAACUUUCUUAGUAUUUGAUUGAGUUGAUAAAUAUGAAGGUUCAAAGAAAUAACAAUAGACUAAGACUUGUUUCUAGUCUGAAAUUGUAUGUAUAAAUUUUUGAUAAAUAUUAUUAAGAACAGAGAUAAGAAAAGCAUGCUAUGAAAUGAGCUAGAAAUAUGGCCUCAUCUUGACAUUUUUUUUAUUGCUCUUUUAUGUUUUGAAUUGAAAGUUAAAGAUAUUUCUCUAUAGUAGGAAUUGCUGUGUGGGGCGUUGUCCACACGACACUUUCAUUUCCAAUCGAUAACUUGUGAAUGACAAUGGUUAUGGCUUACAGGUGACAUAUCCUAUUUGCAUAAUUCUAGUUAUAAUUUAAAGAUGACAUAGUAGAUAAUUUUUUACAAUAUCAAUCUUCAGAGAGAACUGGUUCAAAAAGUUGAAAAAAUAUAUAUCAAAUUAUUUUAUUAAAAAAUGAGUUAUUCAAAUGGUAAUAUUAACUUCUCUUUUUUCAUAAUUUACAAUUUGCUGAAAGAAGAUCUCUAUGCCAUGAGAAGUGUACAUGUCCCAGAAACUCGGAUCAGGAUUCUUGUAUUUAAGUCAUUUUAUUUACAUGAAGUUUUUAGGCUAUUUUGUGUGAUCAUUUCCGAUGCUCAUUUUGACGUCCGCUCAAUGGCAGAUGUGCAAUAUUUAAGCAUUUUUAAAUUUCUUUUGUCUGAACAUAGUCAGUUUAACUCAGUUAUAUAUUUAUAUAUAUAUAUUCUGUUUAUUUUUAUAAUAUUUUAUACUCUGUAGGUAAAUUAAUUCCACAGCUUGAAUGUCAUAGAAUGAUCCUUUGGACAAACAAAAAAUGUUGCACUGUAUCUAUUUUGAAUUUCAAUAGGUUAAAUAAAAAAUUAUAAAGCAUUUAAAAAUAUGAGAGUGGAGUAGUGGUUAAGGUGUCUGCCUCUGUCCCAGGAGGUCUAUGGUUCAAGCCCAGGAGUUCAAGCAUUUGAGCCCCCCCCCCCACCCCCAUCCAAGGUUCUCAUGGUCACCAUUUACUAGUUUCUACCAAGAAAGCAGAAAACCUCCUCAACUUUGAUUCAUAUGAGCUAACAUCUGUCCCACAAUUAAGCUACAUUCAAGUGCUUUCUGUGAUAGGAAAUAUGUCAAUCAUUAUCAGAUGAAAAUUGAGAUAAACCUUUUAAUUGAUAAAGAUCAAUACACAGAAGUUGUGUACUGUACACGUUGUUUUUUUAGGGGGGGGGGGGUCACUCAAAGAAGGCUUAGACUAGGCCUUUAAGAAUGUUGUGUAUAAAGAUUCAUACUGAUCCUGCGGAAAAUAUUCUAAUUAUUUCAUUAAUAUAAAAAAAAAUGUGACUGUUGAAAACCAAACUUGCCAUUAAAAACAUGCUGUAGCUUACCGUACUGGGUACCUGGCAGAAUAACACUAUGUGUACAAAAAUAUGUUCAUUUUUUAUAUAGUAUUCAUUAUUUCAUCACAUUUUUUUUCUUUUCUUUUUUUUAUAUUUUCAAUUCAUUAUGAAUUAGAAUGUGACAUUUUUGGAAAAAAACCCACAUCAUUAUGUGCUCAAUGUAUUUAGUUUUUAAUGUAUUUUAAUAAGAUAUCACAGUAUUUUAUAUGCUGCAUAAUGGAUGUGAAUUGUUGGAAAUCAUGAUGAUUGUCAUGUGGUCUAAAUUAUAAUCAAGGGAAAUAACCCAACUCAAUUUGUCAAUAUAAAUUGACAUGAUUUGCUUCCCUUGAUAAAAAUUGGCAAUACUAAAAUAAAUAGGGCCUACCUAGCACAGUGCUAUAUAAGCUGUUAUAUUUAAUAAAGUAUGGGGUAAUAAUUCAUUUCAUAUCUUACUUCAGAUUAUCCAGCUAUUAUACCAGUUGUUUGCUUAAAAGGCUAAGAAUUCUUUAUCACUGAAGUCUAAUUCUUAAUUGUGGCCAUCUUUUCAACGAGUGUACAACAAAAUAUUGUUAAAGAAUUUCAGUUAAAUGUGAAGCGAGUGUUUCAAACUAAAUUGAAAGAUUUACUUGCAAAAUCAUAUCAAUAAUACCUUAACUUAACAACCAAGUGUUUCGAGGGUGACUUAGCAUGAGUAAAUGCAACUUUCAUCAUGAUUGUAAAACAAAAAAAGUCUAAUAUAGCUACUCAGCCAUUUGAUUGUGAGAUACUCUUGUUGAGAAGGUGGCUGGCCCUAAUUAUGUUUUGUUAAAUCAAAAACUAAACUACUUGGUUAAUCAAAAUUGAAACAUGAAUUGUUUUAGGAUUAAAGAUAUCCCAGUGCUCCAGCCAGGAUUUGAAAAGGGCAGGGUGCUAGGUCAGAAAGGGCACAUUCAUGCGCUUUGAAUGAGCCUUAAUGGGGCUCUUGCAAGGGCCAAUGUUCAAUUUAUAUUGAGCAUGUGUUGUAGCUACUUUUAAUAACAAUAGUUUGUUAUGAAUACCUUAGCUGUUAUUUUUACUUAAGUGUCAAAAUUGUGUACAUUUAUCAUUUUUAUACUAAUUUCUAAAAAUUGACUUGACAGUACAUGUAUGUCCAAUAAAUAUCAAAUAUAGUUCAUUAUCAGCAAAGAGGGCUCUGUCAAACAAAAAGGCUCAGCAGAGCAUAGUGAAAAUGCAGCAGGGUGACAAAAAAGGGUAGAAGGGAGCUCCCCUCUGCUAUUUAGGCUUAGCCGGAGCACUGUAUCCAAGGAACAGAAAUGCGAAAUUUCACUUCUGUUUUCAGUGGAAAUUAAGAACAAAAAAUACUAACUGCCAUGAUAACAUUAUCUGUGAUGUAUUUUCAGUCAUUUAUUAUACUUUUUUGUGACCAGAGAGUAAUACCCUUUCCAAUUAUACCAACAUUACAAGGUGGCACCAGCCAUCAACAUUUUACAUUUAAUUUACAAUUGUAUUUCCAAAUGGCCUAAUAAAAUGGAGGGCUAAUAUUUGAACAUGGGAUAUCUUAAUAUGUAAAUACAGAUUGUAAAUUGUCAUUCCACAUAAGAUUGGGAAGAAAUGUAUUCCAUAUCUAUGUUAAUGAUUGAUAAAUAAACUGAUUUAGCAAUAACAUUUUUAAUGUGUCAUAAUUAUUUAGAUCAUUAUUUCUGUAUACUUUACACCAUUUAAGUUUUUAAGGUUACUGGUAUUGUAAGAUUGCAAAAUUUGAAACAAUGACGUUUACAAUAUUUGAGUAUUUUUCUCAUGUCCUGAUUAAUACACAAACAUCUUCACACUUAAAUGCUGCAUGAGCUGAAUGGUCAGUUACAGUUUUAGCUUGUCAGUGUUUGCAGAAAAUCAUCAUUUUGCCAAAGCCUUGGUAUCGUUGUUGUCAUCAGCGUUGUUGUGUUUCCAGAGACACAUAUCAUAUGGCAAUGCCCAUAACUCAGACUUUAAUAACACCUUGGUAUAUUGCAAAACAACAUACUGGCAUUGUCAUUCAGUCUGCAGUGCCAUUGUCAAUGGCUCAAUUCAAAAUUUGUCAAAAUGAUUCACAAUUAGUGUCAUUUCUCGUACACAUAAUGUCCAUUUUUGUCAAUUAUUUUUCUGGCCUGUCUGUUAUUUUGAAAGGAAGCCGAGGUAUCGUGAUUAUGUAGCCUUGGUGUCGCCUAUACAAGCAUGCCCAUAGAAAAAAAUAUGUUCCAAAUUAUUCAAAUGAAACUUAAAACAAAUGUUGCCAGUUGCAACACCAUCGUGUAUCUAGUCCCACAGCUUAAGCAGUUAUUAUUAUUAUUGAGAAGUGCCCCUUUAUCAUUGAAACCAAAAACAGACAAGCGCUGAUAUCCACCUGUGGUGCUCUUGUUUUGUUGAUAUGCUGUCUGAGUGACAGGGCUUCCAUUAUGGAUUUGGAACUGGAAGUAUGAACUUCCUGUUAAUCAAUUUUAUUUUAUUUCACUGAAAUGUGCUUUUUAAGUCUCCUGAAUUCAAUACCUUUAACUUUUUUUCAACAAGUAUGUUAAAAAUCAAAUGAUAUGCAACUUUAACUUGCCAAAUUGACAGAUUUAUAUUAUAACAAUUCAUUUUACUUUAAUACUGAUUAAAAUUGUGAUCAUAAAAGCAAUAUUGACGAAAGAUUUUGAUAUUUUAAACUUCCAUGAGCUUUCAACUUUGGAAGUUUACUUCAGGAUUAAUGAAGUUUUUGUACUUCCACAGAAUCAAUUAUGGAAGUUUUAACCCAUAUGUAGGGAGUAAUAUGCUUCCAAACUUCCUUUAACGGAAGCCCUGCGCUGAUUUGCUGAUGUUGUUAAUCAAUAUUGUUUAAUUGUUUAUUAUGUUUCACAAUGCUGUGAUAUUUCGUCUGCUUGUUAUAUCAAUUUUGUAAUAUUAUUUUUUUAUCAUAUUUUAAUUGUUUCCUUCCCAUGGUAUACAUGAAAUAAAUAAUUUGUUCA